UCAACGCACGGCAGAAAAAUCAAUGAGUACAUUACAAAAAAAUAAAAAUUCUUUUAAAAUUUUCGUUUAGUACACUUUCACGGUUAUUGUCGUAUAUUGAACGAUUUAAAAUAACAUAAUGCCACACAAUCAUAUGAGAAGCUUGAUAAACAAGUCAACAACACUUUAUCGUUAAAAAGAUGAGGAGUAUUUUUAUGCGUUGCACUGUAAUAAAGUUAAUUAGUACACGUAAAAAAAAUUAAAAGACUUGGUUCUUUUAAAAUUUUCACUUAGAACAUUUUCACGAUUGUCACAUACAUGAUUUAGGAUAAUAAUGUUACAUGAUCAUAUGAGAAGCUUGAGAAACAGUAGUUACAACAUUGAAUACAAAGUUUAUUUGGAUGAAAUACGGCUGUCCAAAAUAUAUAUAUUACAUUGCUUAUCUUAUCGUGUACGAUUAGCAAACAGUAUUUACUUUUCAGUAAACACUGGUCUUGUGAACUCGUACGUGUAUCUCAAUAACGCGUACGGUCGAAACGCUGAAUUGGCAGUGGUGUGACAACUUUGCAUAAAAUGUGUAGAUGUCACAAGAAUGAAACCGAACUGCGGAAUACAACUGUGUAACAGAUACAAUCAGAUCCUGUAAAAAAAAUAGAAACAGCAAAACAUUUAUAAGUUUUUGUAAAAAAAAUAGAAAUAGAAGACAAACAAUUGCUGUAAAAAAAAACACAGAAACAGAAAAGAAAACAGUUGUAAUAAGAUUCUGUAACAAAGCACGAACAGAAAGAAAAUAAUUAGUUUCUGUAAAAAUUAUCAGAGGAAACGUGAAGUGGUCUGCAGUGAAGUGUUUGAAAUAAGAGAAGAAAAUGAGUAAUAGCGAUUUGUGGAUACGUGACAUAAUAACAAGUUACGGAUUGUCGACGCUUAUUCUCGUUGUGAUGACGAUCUGGAUAACACGAAGAUGGUCCAGUUUACAGAGAAGAAUUUACAAAGCGUAUUUAACAGGAUUCGAAGUAGAAUGCUCGGAAUUAGCAUCACCUUAUAAGAAACAUUUAUUCAAGUCGUUGCAACAUAUUGUUUCGAGUGAUAACGUACUUCGAUCCAUGGACUGCAUUCGACUGCUGGAGAUUGGUGUCAAAACCGGUGAAAAUAUACAGUUUUACCCAGACAACACUCAUUUGAUUGCUGUUGAUCGAAAUGUAAGAUUGGCUGAAUACCUGAUAAAAGGAAAUCGUUCUUGGCAAUUUUCACAUAUCAUUAUUGAACGUGUGAUAGUUGGUGACGGUAGUUCUCUGAAGGAUGUUCCUACAGGACACGUAGACGUAGUUGUAUCAAUGAGAUCAUUAUGUUCGGUAACAUCGAUACAAUCAACGCUUCAGGAGAUUCGCAGAGUACUGGCACCGGGUGGUCAGUAUUUGUUUAUAGAACACGUGCCUGAAAAAGAAGGAACUUUCAUACGAUUUUUACAGAAAAUAUUAUCUCAAACAGGAAUAUGGCCAUCACUUUUCGGUGGCUGUCAUUUAGAUAGUGAUCCUAUCACACAUAUCAAAAUUGCUGGCUUUGAUCACGUUAUAAGCGACGCGUUUACACUUGAUGGUUACGUGUCUCAAUCGUUUCAUCUGGCACUUUCGAAGCAACACGUACUGGGAGUUGCAGUUCGCUAAUUAAAUAUAAUGAAUCUUUAUUAAAAGAUUAGUCUUUUAUUGUUAAACAUUAUACAUAUAACCUUAAAGUAGUCGUGGAUUCGGAGGAGGGCAUAACGUGUCCUCGAGUAAAAUAUUUAUUUUUAUUUUUUUAUACAAUUCUUUCUACGAUUUAUCCUAGGUAGAAUGUGAAAGAUUUUUAAAGAAAGAAAUCUUUAAAAGAGAUUUCAAUAAUAAAUAGUACUAUCUUUUUGUAGAAGCCAUUGUUCUUCGAAAAGUAUGUCGCCCCUUAAGAGCAUUUUAAAUCUCUACGCCUUUCCGCAAGACAAUUCUAAGUUCACCCACGAACACUUGUAAUGUAUUGUAUAUAUUUUUAUUAUUGUUGAUAUUGUUGUAUAUAUUAUUAAAGGUGAUAUUUUAUACUUGAUGAUUAAUUUAAAACUUAUUUUUCCAAAACUUGAAAUCAUCUGGAUAACAAAUACGUAUAAUUAUGCGUAUAGUAAAGGGUAGUAAAGAUACAACCUCGCCAACUUCAAUGACCUUGAAAUAAAUUGUCAAGGACAUUAUCCUGAAUAUCUUUUAUUUACACAUAUGACCGCCACUUGGGUUUAGUUUCAGAGAUAUUCGCAAGAAUUAGUUAUUUAUGAAAGGGAACAAAACCCCACCGAUUUUUGUGGCCUAGAAAUAUGUUAAAAAGAUCAAUAUUCUGAACAAUUUUGUUUACAUAUGUAGGAACCUCUUGAUACUGGUUCUUACGAUAAUUUCAGGAACCAUAUCGUAAUUCAAAGUUAAGCUAGAAGUAAGUUCUUCAUAAUUGAAGUUUACAAUAAAACUUAUUUUCAUAAAAGAAGUACCGCAGGCAUUUAACAGGUACAAUGAUAUAACACGAAAUAGUCUUGCUCUAAUAUUAAAUAAUUUAAGAAAUUCAAAGCGUUUUGGAAGUCUCAUACAUACAGCUACUUCUCAAUUUAUAUUUCUGCGCGUGUUGUAUGGAAACGGUACAGCUGGCGCCAUCUAGCGGCCAUGCACGGAACUAACAAAACGAAAAAUAGACUUUUUCGUAAAACAAAGUAGCUUUACGUUUUGUUGAAGAUUAUACACUGUUCUAGGAACAUGUUGCAAUCAGAAAAAUGAUUUUGCAGUGGACUAGAAGCUUUAUAUUCAAAAAUUUACAAAAUGUCAUUUUGUGGAAUUUAAAAUGCAUAGCCAUCUGGCGGUAGAAGGUGAGAACUAAUGGAAGUAAAUCUUGAAAACAACUUUUGCGUCUAUUAACAUUUAUGAUGAUGAUGAUGAUGAUGAUGAUUAGUUUUAUGGGCAUCGACUGCCAUGGUCAUUAGCCCAAUAUUAACAUUUACAACUUAAUGUUACACUUUAAAUAUUCUAAAACAACUUAAUAUUUCUUUUUCAAGCAAUUUAAUGCAUAUUCUUGUCUAUUAAGACGAGAAACGUCAAAAUUAGUU